CCGAGAGACAUCAUCGAGGGGGUAAGCACCAGUGACAGUAGUAUGACAGAUGCAAGUGGAGCUUUCAUCUUGUAAACUGUGAAGUCAUGGAGCGACUUGAAGCCUGAUGACGCCCCCAUUAGCGGCAAAUGGCCAAUCAGAGCCGAGAGGCAGACUUGUCCUCCUGGCCGCCAUUAAAGAAUUCAAUCCAUGAGCUGAAAUAAUGGAAAUCUGCUGGAGCCAAGGAGCCCAAGCAGGGGGGCGCGCAAGCCGAUGAGUAGCCUCGCCGUUUCGCCCUUUCCUUCCUUUUCUCGGGGGGCCGUUUUCUGUGGGAUCGCUCGGGGAGCAACAUGGUGCUUGCUCGCGAAACGGCGGGGCGGCUGAGCUAAUUGUUUUAUGGAAGCUAGCGUUGUUGGACCUCUGGUAUGUUAGCUCGUCUGCUAGCAGGCUAGCAGAGAGACCAGGGGGAGGGGAGAGACAGACACACAGACAAGACAGACACACAGAGUUCCUGUGCCUUGAAAUUGUUUCAGAUCAGCUAGCAACCAUUAGCAUUAGCGCUUUGGAGGCUGAAGUUUCUCUCUCUCUCUCUCUCUCUUUUUUGGGGGGGCGGUGGGUGACUUUCGGAGCUCCCCGUUUUUUUUUUUGCACCGCGAAUAUCACUUAGUCAGCGGUAGUCAAUCCGGGUCAUGUUAACUCGUGCUAUUUUGGUAUUUACGGUAAUGUAGCCCCCGCCAGCUCACUCACUGGAAGCCCACGGAACAAUACAUUUUAAAUCGGAUCGAUGAAUCGUUGAGCUCGAUGCUUGUCUUUGCGAUCCAUGACGUUGGCUUAGCUUUCGGGCUAGCGGCUGCGGCUAGCACCGGCUGGAAGUUCCCUGGCUGACGAGCGGCGGCUGGUCGUAGAAGCGCUACCCCCCACCACCGCCACCACCACCACCACCGCCACCCCCGAGCGAGCAGUUCUUGUGUGAGACCAUGGACUUAAAGGUUCCAACGACGCAGUGACAAGGAUGACUUCGUGCUUUGUACCAAACGGGGCCAGUUUGGAGGACUGCCAUUCCAACCUCUUCUGCCUGGCUGAUUUGACCGGGAUCAAAUGGCGACGCUUUGUGUGGGAAGGGCCCACCUCGUCGCCCAUCCUCUUCCCUGUGACCGAGGAGGACCCCAUCUUGUGCAGCUUCAGCCGGUGCAUGGCAGCAGACGUGCUGAGCGUGUGGCGGCGGCACCACACGCCCGGACGCCGGGAGCUCUGGCUCUUCUGGUGGGGCGAUGACCCCAGCUUCGCCGAGCUCAUCCACAACGAGCUCUUGAGCGAGGAGGACGGCGAGUGGGAAAGCGGCCUGUCUUAUGAGUGUCGCACGCUCUUGUUCAAAGCCAUCCACAACCUGCUGGAGCGCUGCCUCAUGAACCGCGGUUUCGUACGCAUCGGCAAGUGGUUUGUGAAGCCCUAUCAGAAGGAUGAGAAAGUCAUCAACAAAAGCGAGCACCUGUCCUGCACGUUCACAUUUUUUGUGCACGGUGACAGCAGUGUGUGCACGAGUGUGGAGAUUGCGCAACACCAGCCUCUGCAAUGGCUGAGUGAGGAUCACCUGAGCCUUGCCCAGCAGAGCUCCAGCCCGAUGCAAGUCAUCUUAAGCCCAUACGGCUUGAACGGGACUCUCACGGGCCAGGGCUUCAAAAUGUCGGAUCAACCCACUCAGAAGCUCAUUGAAGAGUGGCGGCAGUUUUAUCCCAUCGGCCCCAAUCCCAAGGAGAUCCAGGAGGAAAAGAUGGACGACAGCGACUGGGAGAAUGACUCCCUGGCGGCCGUGAAGGUCCUUGUUGCCGGGGUGAGGAUGGUGUACCCUUCCUGCCUGGUGCUCCUCCCCCUGACGGACCUCCCUCCAGUCGUCCCUCAAGGCGCAUCCAACACCUCAGGAAGCAUGUCCAAUACCCAACCUGGCCAGGCCUCUCACAGAGAUCCCGCCAUGUCCUCUGUCACGCUGACACCACCAACAUCACCAGAGGAAGCUCAGACUGACUAUCAGCCAGCACAGAGGUGGCAUAAAUUGUCCUCUGCAUCCGACGGCUACAGUUCUAACAACACUUUUCACGGGGGGAAAAUUCCUCGCAGGCUGGCUGGCCACAUGGUGGAGUCCGUUUGGCAGGAGUAUAACAUAAACCGCACUGGGAACAAGAGGAAGUUUACAAACUUGACCAAUGGGACCUGUGAGGAAGAGGCAGACAAAACUGUGCUGUGGGAUUUCGUGGAGCCCGUCCACAGGCCACAUUGCAAUUGUUCAAGACAUAAGAAUCAGAAGCAGCGACCCAACAACACCUCAGGACACCCGCCGUUGUCAGGCCAGCCCACCCCGCCAGCCCCAAAGCACAAGCUGGCCGAGAAGCUGGAGAAGGGCGAGAAGCAGCAGAAGAGGCCGCAGACUCCCUUUCACCACCGCAACUCUGUGAGCGACGAGCAGCCGCUGGACCCUCAGACCCAGAGGCUUUGUCUGCGAGGGCAGGAAGAGGGCUCCUCUUACCCAAGCCUGCACCAUGUGGACGCCUCGGCGCCCCCCAAAGCGCCCACGCUGCACACCCACGGUCCCCCCACCGACCUCGUCGGCUCGCCGCCACCUCCGCCGCUCAGCCCGCACCCCUGCGACCAUGCUGAUGGCGACCUGACCCCGGGUGGCAUGAAGAACUCAACGCCCAUUCACCAGCCCUUUUACCCGCCUUCAGUGGAGCCUUGCGUGCUGCCACAGAAGAGCUCAUCGGAGGAGCCCCCUCCAGAAAACAUGGCCAUGCCUUUACCCUUACCCCCACCCUUUAACGAUACGUUGGAGCCCACGGUGUUCAUCGGUUCCGCCGUCAACCCGAACGAAGACCCCGGACACAACCCCUGGAAGUAUUUCAACCUACCGCGGAAGAAGGCAUCCAUCUUUCACACGCCUCUGCUACCUGUGGAUAAAGUACGAGAUGACGCUGGAAGCGGCACGGGAGCAGAAAGUGUCGUGUCGGUUACAGAGUUGAUGGCAGGCUCCAUGCAGCCUCUUAAAGUGUCCCAGGAACUGGUGAAGACCUACACCCAGCGGAGGAACACAAACCUGUCCUGCGUCAUUGCGGAGGGCGACCAUAACGAGGAGCCAGACCCUUACGCCUUUAAUGAAGGGGACGAGGAGUUCAGUUUCAAGGAAAAGAGGGACAAGGCUGGAGCCGACAGGGACGGGAGCAAGAAACACAAGCUGGAUGAUGGAUCGGGGGCUUCGGCUGACGAAGGUCAAGGUCCAUCAGGCAGUAAGCCAACCGCCUCCACCAGCCUCAUCCAUGAGAAUGAUUUGGCCGUGUCGUACAGCGACUUGGAUAAAAUCUUCAAUUCGGAUGAAGAUGAGUUAACGCCUGGAUCCAAAAGAGCUGGAGCAGGUGUAGAUGACAAGUUUGUCUCGAAAGAAGCAAAGCCCACCUCUUUGGACCCCCUAUCUUGUAUAAGCACAGCAGAUCUCCACAAGAUGUUUCCCACCCCACCCUCGCUGGAACAGCAGGGUUACUCCCCCAUGAACUCUGGCAGCAAGGACAGCUUGGAAACGGGGGCGGGCCUCACCCUGCUGGACGGCAGCCAACUCAACAACCACUUCAAGAUGGAGGUGGAGGAGGGUUUCUGCAGCCCCAAGCCUUCUGAAGUGAAGGACUUUUCUUUCGUGUACAAGCCGGAGACGAGUCAGCCAUUUACUGGCUGCUCCAUGUACGCCCCCCUGAAGACGCUGCCCAGUCAGUGUCUGUUGCCGAUCAAGCUGCCAGAGCACAAGUGCGUGUACAUGCGCAGCUGGACCAUCGGCAAAAUGGAGCUGAUGCCACCUGUGGUGAACAAAGACAGUAACAUCCCAAGUGUGGAGCCCGAUGACAUCCAGACCCACACCCCUCAGACCCACACGCCUGUCAUGUCCAGCAGCGCCCCUCCCAGCAACAGUGGCGCUGGCAUCCUCCCCUCUCCAGCCACGCCCCGCUUUUCCGUGCCCACGCCUCGCACUCCGCGGACCCCCAGAACGCCUCGUGGACCCUCCAGCGUCCAAGGCUCGCUCAAGUACGACAACUCGGACCUCUACUCGCCCGCUUCCACUUCCUCUACCUGCCGGCCGCUCAGCUCGGUGGAGCCGGCCACCGUCCCCUCCGUUCCGGAGGCCCACAGUCUCUAUGUCACGCUCAUCCUCUCCGAAUCGGUCAUGAACCUCUUCAAGGACUGCAAUUUUGACAGCUGCUGCGUGUGCGUGUGCAACAUGAACAUCCGAGGGGCCGACGUGGGCGUGUACCUGAAGGAUAACGGCGAGGCCCAGUACCCCUGCACGUGCGGCUUCAGCGCUGUCGCCAAUCGCCGCUUCGGCCAGUCCGCCGGGCUCUUCUUGGAGGACGAGCUGGACGUGGUCGGCCGGGGCUCGGACGCCGGCCGCGAUACGGAGCGCUGCUUUGAAGAGCUGCGGGCGUCUGCGAAACACAAGUCCUGCGGUCUGAAGGAGAAACCACCCGAUGAGCUCAUUCUACUGCUCCAGGACCAAUGCACCAACCCAUUUGCGCCGAUGGCGGGCGUGGAGUACCCCAAACUGAGCUCUAACCCUAGCUCUUUUGUGAGGGUGGAGGAGAGAGACUGUCAUAAUGACUGCUACAUGGCACUGGAGCACGGCAGGCAGUUUAUGGACAACAUGUCGGGAGGCAAAGUGGAUGAAACACUCGUGAAAAGCACCUGUCUUCAUCAGUGGCCAAAAUGCAAAUCAGCGGACAUGAACAAGCUGUUCUCUCAGGAUGUGCUGCGCGUGCUGUUGUCCCUCCAGCCUGUCUUGCAGGACGCCAUUCAGAAGAAGAGAAGCGUGCGCUCGUGGGGGGUGCAAGGACCCCUCACCUGGCAGCAGUUUCACAAGAUGGCCGGGAGGGGGUCUUACGGUACAGACGAGUCUCCUGAGCCACUGCCCAUCCCUACGUUUCUGGUCGGCUACGAGUACGAUUUUAUGGUACUGUCCCCCUUUGGCUUGCCCUACUGGGAAAAGCUGCUCCUGGAUCCUUUUGGCUCCCAGAGGGAUGUCGGCUUUGUCGUCAUCUGCCCAGAAAGUGAAACACUCCUCUGCCGGGCCAAGACUUUCUUCAAAGAUUUGAGCGCCAUGUAUGAGGCGUGCCAGCUCGGGCAGCACAGGCCCAUCUGCAAAAGUCAUCCCGAGGGCAUCCUGAAGGUUGGCAGCACAGAAGACAGGAGCAUGGCCGAGCAGCCCCUCAGCGACUGGUUCCUCAAGAUGGCCGCGAGAGAUCCCAACAGCGAGGCCUUCAAAAAACUCAAAGUCUUUGCUCAAGUGUGCCGCUAUGAUCUAGCUCCCUAUCUAUCGGAGCAGUCUCUGGACAGAUCGCUCCUCUCCCAACGGAACCCCGUCGCUGCAUCCUCUCCGAAAUCUGCCUCUUCUAGUGCUGCCUCAGGACACUCAAAUGCCACCAGCACGGCCCAGAUAAACAGUGCCCCUCCGUCCGCCCCCUCCGGCCCCCAGGCCAUGGGUGGGUUGUCGUCAUCCAAGCCAGGUGCCUACCCCCAGUUUGCGACCGGCGGGUUGCAGGGCACCACGUCACAUAACGGGCCCCAGUCGAUCUCGCAGGGCCCGAGUGCGGAAAAUGGUGUCACUUCCCAAUGCUCAAGUGAACCACCUGAGAGCACAAUGGAAAGAGACAAAGUGGGCAAGCCGACAGAUGGAGAGUCCCACGCCAUCUCCUACCCACCUGCCAUCGUGGUGUACAUCGUGGACCCGUUCAGUUACACGGACGCCGACCGCGAGGUCCAUUCCAGCGCUUACACGCUGGGCCUCCUGCGCUGCUACAUGGAGAUGCUCCAGUUCCUUCCCGCUCGAAUCAGAAAUGCCGUCUCCGUGCAGAUUGUCCCGUGCCAGUACCUCCUGCAGCCGGUGCACAGCGGCGAGCGUCACCUGUACGGGCAGCACCUCAAGUCACUCGCCUUCUCCGUCUUCACGCAGUGUCGGCGGCCCCUGCCAAACUCCACCAACUUUAAAUCUUUGACGGGCUUCGGUCCUGGGCUUGCCAUCGACAUGGCGCUCAAAAACCCAGAGAGGCCGGAGUGUCUGCGUCUGUACACACCACCUUUUAUUCUGGCACCGGUGAAAGAUAAGCAGACGGAGCUGGGCGAGACUUUCGGGGAGGCGUCGCAGAAGUACAACAUCCUGUUUGUGGGCUACUGCCUGUCUCACGACCAGCGCUGGCUGCUGGCCUCUUGCACCGACCAGCACGGCGAGCUGCUGGAGAGCUGCAUCAUCAGCAUCGACGUGCCUAACAGGGCUCGCAGGAAAAUGGGCUCCGCCCGACGGCUGGGUCUGCAGAAGCUGUGGGAUUGGUGCCUGGGCCUGGUGCAGGUGACAUCGCUUCCGUGGAGGGUGGUGAUUGGUCGCCUGGGGAGGAUGGGCCACGGUGAACUAAGAGACUGGAGUAUUCUGCUGAGCAGAAGGAACCUUCAGUCCCUCAGCAAGCGCCUGAAGGAGACGUGUCGGAUGUGCGGCAUCUCUGCCGCAGACACUCCCAGCAUCCUUAGCGCCUGCCUGGUCGCCAUGGAGCCGCAGGGUUCUUUUGUGGUCAUGCCAGAUUCCGUGUCAACGGGCUCAGUGUUCGGCCGCAGCACCACGCUCAACAUGCAGACGUCGCAGCUGAGUACGCCGCAGGACACGUCGUGCACGCACAUCUUGGUGUUCCCCACCUCGGCCAUGGUGCAAGUCAACACCAACACGUCGGAACCCAUCGACAUCAACUUUAACCCGAUCAAUCCAGACGGCUCUGACGGAAUGGGCAUCUUUGACCUGUUCGACAACGACAUGGUGGAUCCAGACAUUAUCAGCAUCCUGCCCAACUCGCCCACCACGUCCCCUGUUCACUCGCCAAGCUCGCAUUACCACCACGGCGGCGACGGAAGCAAGGGUCAGAGCGCGGAUCGCAUGGAGUCUCACGAGGAGGCCUUGAACAUCCUGCAGCAGCCAAUGGCGCUGGGCUACUUUGUGUCCACCGCCAAGGCCGGACCGCUGCCCGACUGGUUCUGGUCAGCCUGUCCUCAAGCUCAGAACCAGUGUCCUCUCUUCCUCAAGGCUUCUCUGCACCUCCACGUGUCCUCUGUCCAAUCUGACGAGCUGCUGCACAGUAAACACUCCCACCCCCUCGACUCCAACCACACCUCAGAUGUCCUCAGAUUUGUCCUGGAGCAGUACAACGCCCUCUCCUGGUUGACUUGCGACCCCGCCACUCAGGACCGCCGCUCCUGCCUGCCAGUUCACUUUGUGGUGCUGACGCAGAUGUACAACUUCAUCAUGAACAUGAUCUGAUGCUCACAAGAAGUCACGUGACUCGCCAGGAGCAGGAAGAAGCCUCUCGGCGCUCCCGCCAGGAGCAGGAAGAAGCCUCUCGGCGCUUCCGCCAGCGUCCAAUCAGAUGCCAAGAAUCCAUUUUGGAUGAUCAAAGGAGGUUUCGUAAAAAGGUGUUUUUAAAUGACUGUAGAUUGCAAUCGAAAUUUUAUCCUAAUGAAAUGCCUGCAUAUAUUAUUUAUUGUAAGUUUUUAAAUGUGGAAUUUUUAACGCUUACUGUCUUUUAUAUAUGACAAAACCUAGCGGGUGUGUACAUCUCAGUGUAAAGGAAGUGGCUUUGGAACAAGUGGUGAACUUUUUUGCUGUAGAUGACUUUUAGAAUCUUAUUUUUUCAAAGAAGGGUACACGCCUUUUUAUCGCCACGCUGUAAACAUGAAGUGGACGCCUGGUCCCGCCCCUCCCCGCGGCAAGCGGGCAGAAAGCGUUGCAUCUCGUCUCGCGGGUGUGCACGCGCGCUCGCCCGCCAUUUGGGGCUCCAGACGCUCUUGCACACUUUUAACUCAAUGAGCUCUGAAGAUGAAUUCAAAAGGUACAUUGUCAGAUGAUAUAUUUUAUAUAACAGAUUUAGGUAAUCUAAUGUGCGUGCGUGUGUGUGUGUGCGUGUGUGUGUGUGUGUGUGUGUGUUUGUGUGUAUAUGGGUACAUAUAUUUGUGUGCCGCUACUGAUGGUGCAGCUUCUGUUUUAGGAAUAAAGUGCGUCUACAUGAUACCUCCUCCUUGAA